AUGAAACACGAGAAAGAGAAGAUAAACAACAGAGUGGAUCUGUCUCAGGACUGGGUGGAUCUGAGGACCGGAUACAUCUCAGGACUAGAUCUGGAUCAGGCAGAAACCCCGCGGCAGGGCAGGGUCUGGGCUGCGGAGGGGCUGUCAGCCAGCCCCGGUCCGCUGGCGGGGGCCGGGGCCGUGCGGAAGCGGGAGGCUGCGGGGGCUCCGCAGGAGCAAAAUGCUACUGAACCCUGCAGCCAAGGGACCUUGUCCCCCACCCAGUGUCCCCUCGGCACCGUGGAAAUCUGUGACAAAGGGAACAUGAGCACCAAUGCAUCUUCUUGGGUCCAGCCUGGAACCAGCAUCAGCCUCUCCUGCCACCUGAAUCCUCUGCCAUCUCCUCAGCAGUGCAGGACUGCUAUCUUCAUUAACAGCUCUCAGUUACUGAGCUGCAGCUACUGUCGCUCGCUGAGCACCACGUUUCUGGUCCGCGCCUACGGCAGGCACAUGUUUGCCUGCAGACAGAUUUGUGACCACAAGAGAAAACUCAUCUGUGGACUUGAUGUUGAAUCUGGAAGUCCUCCAGAUGAGCCACAGAAUGUGUCAUGUAUCCAGUAUGGGACAGAUGGGCACCCCACCUGCACCUGGAAUAAAGGGAGGCUCACCUACAUCAGCACAGCCUACGUGCUACUGCUAUCCGAGGGGACAGAUGUCUCCUGUUUCUCAGCAGAAGGUGUGAAUCAGACAGUUGGCUCCCUAGCUCUCAGCAAGUUGAGCUUUGACUCAACAUACAAGGUUGUGGUUGUGGCCUCCAAUGAGCUAGGAAGUGCUUCUUCACGGCCCCUUGUCUUCAUGCCAGCAGACAUCGUGAUACCACAUCCUCCCAGCUUUUGGGUGGAAUUUGAAAACUCUUCUGAGAGCAGCUGCACCUUUGUUUGCUCCAAUGAAACCCAAGAGAGACACUGCAGGCUGAGAUACCGACCCCUCAGCAAGCACUCCUGGAGCAUGGUUGAGAGCUCAGUCAGUGGCAACUGGAGUCUGUGUGGGCUGGAGCCUUACACAGAGUACCAGUUCCAGCUCAGCUGUAGAAUUCACCCCGAGCGCGGACGGUGGAGCAACUGGCACACGUACCAAGCCUGGACUCCAGAGGCAGUGCCAACUGGGCUCCUGGAUGUCUGGUACCGACAGCAGGAAGUGGACACCCAAAGACAGAACAUCUCUCUGUUUUGGAAGGCUUUGAGCAGGGCAGAGGCAAGAGGGAGAAUCCUGCAGUACACAGUGACCUUUGAGGCCCUGGACACGUGGAGCUCCUCAAAAGCAGCACAUGUUGUCACCCAAACCAGCUGCACCAAGGUCAUGCCAAGGAUGGACUACAAGAUAACAGUCACGGCUGAGAACUCGAGGGGCAGGUCACCCCCUGCAACCAUCGUGACCAACCUGGGCACCCAGGAGCUACCUCCUCCUCAGAAGGUCUCUGCCACAGCCAGGGGAAACAGAAGCAUCCUGGUCAGCUGGAAACCACCCACAGGAUCAGCUGUGCCCAUCAGCGGAUACGUGCUGGAGUGGGGAGGUGCAGGUGGGGACACGCACGUGGAGCCCCCUCCAGCCUGGGUGAAGCUUCCAGCAUCCAACCUGUCCACCAUCCUAGCAGAGCAGAUAGAAGACAAUGUGUGCUAUCAGAUCAAGGUGUUUGCCCUCUACCAGGGCAGAGCUGGACAAGUGGCAUCAGUCAUGGGACACUCGACAGCAGAAGCACCAUCAGCUGGGCCUCAGAUGUACACCACACCACGAGCAAAUGGAGUCCUGGUGUCAUGGGAAGCCAUCCCUGCUCACCAACAAAGGGGCUGCAUCAGAGGCUACCAAAUAUACCUACAGAGGAAGGAUGGGCAAGGAGCCCCUGACGUCUAUGGUGCUGGGGACUGGUUGAUUCUUGUGCUCACCUGCAGCUUCUUCAUCCUCUCAGCCUGUGUUUGUUCUGUGCCUCCAGUGAGGAAAGCAUUACACCUGCUCCUCUCCACACUGGUGCCCCAGUGGCAGAGCAAAGCCAUUCCAGACCCAGCCAAUGCUAUGUGGGUGAAGAAGUAUGCAGCUAUGAAGGCUGAGCUGAUGUUCCCCUCCAGUCUCUUCCUGCCCUACCCCAGCAGCUUCGAAGAGCCUGAAACAACCCAAGUGGAGGAAGCCUUCCCAAAGCUCAGCCUCCAGGACAAGCUCCUCUUGAGUGGUACUAGCAGGAGGAGAAAUGGUGACUGGGCAGUGCAGGAAGAAUCUGAGUAUCUGGUGCUGCCUGGCACCACAGAUGGGGAAGUCGGUGAGCAGCAGCUUCCUGACCUCUACAAGCGAAUGGCGGUGGAGGUGAUGGAGCCAGCAGAGAUGGUUUCUGAGUACACCACCAACCCCAUCACUGACAUGGCCACCACAUACCUAACCCUGGUCAUGGGCAUUCCUGAGGAGCUCCCUGAACUCAAGUGUCAGCCAUUCUCCAUCUUCCCAACAGCUUCUUUGGCACCUUCCUUGGCACCUUCCUAUGGAGGGAACCUUACCUUGGACCAGGUGAAAAUCGGCUGCAGUUCUUUCAGAAACUUUGCAUCAGCUCAGCAACAAAGCCUUACUCGUGAAGCCACCAUAAAUUCACAGAAUACUUUGGGUUGGAAGAAACCUUCAAGAUCAUCUAAGUUCCAACCUCCUGCCACGGGCAGGGACACCUCCUAUUAG